AUGGAGCAUAUAUCAGAAGCUAUGUACUUUGGACUCUGGAGAUUCUUAGGUACCAAUGAAAUGGUGGCCAUGAGAAGAGAUGUAAUAGACUUACGAGAUGUGAUAGAAAACGAGUUAAGAAGUGACGGAUACAGGCAAAUGUUCAGUGGAAGUAGACGAGAGGGAUUCAGGAUGAUGGAAUCAGACAUUGAUAUAAUGUAUUGGCCGACAGACCAUAAACUUAUUAGUAAAUUAUCUCAGGCUACGCAUUACGAGUCCACAAACCAUGCACUGAUUCUGAUGGAGAGUGAUUACUGUCCACCAGGAUUUGUUCUUCUCCGCUUACUCAAUGACUCCAGGAGACAAGAUGUCUUUUCGGCAUGUAUCAACAUAAAUGGCAAGUUAUAUAUAUCAAGCAGUAGACAUCGGGAAGUCAUGUGCUUUGGAAAUGGGAAAUCGGGAUUUGUGCCCCAUGGUCCAUGUAUAAGUGGAGCAGCUGGAAUUUUUGAGUUUGACCAAGCAUACUGUUUUAUGUCUGAUUUCUGGCCGAUUCAAGCUUCGUCCUGGAUAGGAAGAUGUUUUAAACAGUUAUGGCCGUCAAUCACUACACUUAAUAAAAUUGUUAAAAAUGGAUGUCAUGCUGUUGCAAUCGGGAGUAAAUCAUCUCUCUAUGAAAGCAUCGAGUGGAGGAUUUCAUUUUCACAAGCAGAGCAUAAACUCAUAUAUUCCUUGAAUCAUUGCCAAUUCUUAUGUUACGGUUUACUUAAACUGUUUUUGAAAGAGGUGAUAAACAACAAUACACAAGAUAAGUUACUGUGUUCAUAUCAUAUAAAGACAAUAUUGUUUUGGGUUAUUCAAGAAAACUGCACACCUGUUUGGUGCCGGCAAAAUUUCAUUCAAUGCUUCUGGACUUGUUUUGAAACUCUUUGCAAAUACGUUUAUCAUGGUGUAUGUCCCAACUUCUUUAUCCCACAAAACAAUAUGUUUCGUGGGAAAAUUCAUGGCAAUUCACAAUUCAAUCUGCAUAACCAUCUAAUGAAAAUCCACCGCAAUGGACCUUUAUGCUUAUUGUUGUCCCCAUCCAUAGGGGGAUUUUUACAGAAAUUUGGUUCAAUUUUGACCAGUCCCCUUCGCUUUGAAGUUACUCUUCCCCUAGCUGUAUUUGACGAUGAAUACUUCACUGAACUAUUCUUUGCAACACUGUUGCAAGUUACAGAUUUUAACAUCUCUAUUAAGUGUUACGAAACAAUGGAGAACAUGCUUCGAAAGAAAAAUAAUCUUACAAUAUAUCAGAAAAACUUUCUUCAAAUUUGUUUAUCCGAAUGCUUUCAAUACAAUGCUUUUAUGAUUAAAGCUUGUUUAAAAGAUGGCUGUAACAGAAUUAAAUACAAGUACGAUAAAAUAUCUUGUAGCCUUUUGAAGCUGGCAGGAAAAUUAGGAUUUCUAUCUACGAUUCUAUACGUUGCACUUUUUCAUUAUGCGACGCACAGAUACACGGAGGCUGUGCGAGUCUUAGAGGAUUUAAAGACUAAAAUGUCACAAUCUUCUUUACUGUAUCAUAAAUCUGUGGACACAAGAGCUUACGAGGAAGCAGUAAAGGGACUGCCGUGGUCUGUAAGGAUAAGAAAGAAUGCAGUUGCGGUACUUAAGUUUGAUAAUAACCUUUUCUAUAUGGAAGAACUUAGGCUAGAACAGAAGAUAUGUCUGAAGAAUCACAUGCCUGGAUUAUUUAUACCUCCAUUUGUCAUGCUUCACUUCUUAUUAGUGCUUUGCUAUCGUAAGGCAAAUCCAGGAAAAGCAUCGUCUGCUCUCGAUGACCUUUCUGUUCUAGUUCACUAUGAUGAGAAUCGGUUAGUGCUUAAGGAAUUAAGAGAUAUUUCCUGGCAGAUCCUUGGCAUCUGUCAACAGAUAUCCGGUCAUUUUGAGGAUGCUCUCUUCUCUUAUAACAAAGUUUUUGAACAAAUUCCAGUUCACAAAAUACAUGAAGCAGCGAAGAUUAGAAUUGGUAGAUUCAAUCAAAACAAUGUUUAUGAAUUCUAA